AUGUCUUGGGCUGAUCUUAUAAAUAAUAACCUAAUUGGUUCGGGUAAUGUAGCAAAAGCAGCGAUUUGUGGUUUUGAUGGUUCGAUUUGGGGAAAGUCUGAUAAUUUUAAGAUAGAAGCAUCCGAAGCGGUGGCAGCUGGUCAGAGCUUUAGCAAUAAGGAUAAUUUAUUGGGACUCGGACUAAAAUUUGAAGGUGAAAAAUUUUUUGUGCUACAAGCCGAUGAUGAAAGAAUUAUUGGCAAAAAAGGAUCGAAAGGAUUUUUUUUAUAUAAAACCGGACAAGCAGUGAUAAUAACAAUAUACGAAAACGGAAUGCAACCUGAAAUGUGCAGCAAAACAGCUGGAGCUUUAGCCGAUUAUUUUAAAAGUAUUAACUAUUAA